CUCACAAUCAGUAGCACGACGUCGACUGACCAUGUCGCACGAGUCUUCACACGACGGAAUCGAACCGUAGUUCGAAUUGUAAUACGGAACUUUCGAGUGACCUUUAAUGUUAUUUGAUCGAUCGAUCGAACUCGACUGAUCUUUCAAUCUACAUACAUACAAGUGGUCUUCUUUGAAAUUCAUUUCGAUUUCGUAAAUGAAUGAUCGAUAUGUCGAAAAUCUAUUAACUAAAAUGGCGGUGCAAAUGACCAAGUGAAUCGAUUAAAUCGAUAAUAAAAAGGAAGAGAGAUGUAUGUUUCAUAUAAUAUCAAUAUUCGUCCGAAAGAGAAGAAACUAGAAGUGGAAGAAGAAGGAAGAAAGAAAAGAAAGAAGACCUAGCCACGUGACUUUUCGUCCACGGGCAAUCUCACGAGUGAUCUUGAGAGACAGACUACUAAGCGGCUCUUCGAAGGUACUUCUUUACACUCGAGACUCGACUUCAAGCUCGAGUACUCUCGAUCCGGAUAGUUAAAAUCGACCCUUGUGGUAUUCUUCACGAAGACAACAAGUUCGUGAGACAAACGGACGUCACCACGACAUUUCAAGAUGACUAUCGAAGCGUCUUCGAUGAUAGUCGACUAUCUGAUCUUUAUUGCUUUUAUCGUCAUAUCCUUCGUCCUACCAUUAUGGGGAAAAUUUCGACGAAAAACGAAAGAGACCAAGGCUGAUUAUGUCUUCGCUGCUGGACACAUUUCUAUGGGUGCGAUGAUGUUAUCCAUAGCUAGAGGUACGUUAGGUGUUAGAAGUUUCCUCGGAUAUCCUUCCGAGCUUUACUAUAGAGGCAACGCUAUGUGGGAAACACUAUAUGGCAUGCUCUUGGCAUACCCCAUCGUCUGCUACAUCUUCGUGCCGAUUUACUACGAUCUUGGGAUCACUUCGGUUUAUCAAUAUUUGGAUAUGAGAUUCAAAUCGAAGCUGGUUAGAUGCAUUGCAAGCUUUUCUUACGUGAUACGAAGUUUGUUGAAUUUAGCAGUCACCGUUUUCACGCCGUGUGUUGCUUUGAAAGCUGUCAUCGGAUUACCUUACUGGGCCAGCAUAAUCGGUAUCGUCACGAUAUCGGUAAUUUUUACAUUAAUGGGAGGUUUAAAGGCUGCCAUUUUAUCAGACGUUAUACAGGGGCUCAUGAUGAUAGGAAUAUCGAUCGUUUUAAUCGUCCAAGGUACCAUAGAGGUACCAGGUGGAGUUAAACAAGUCCUCAACGUCACUAUCGAGCGUGGUCGUUGGGAAUUCUACAACUUCGACAUGGAUCCUACGGUACGUGUAACGACGGUAUCAGCAGUACUCGGUCAGCUUUUCAUGAGUCUAUCUAUUUUCGGAUGUCAACAGAAUUUCGUCCAGAGAUACUGCAGUAUGAAGAGCAAGAGAGAAGUUGUAAAAACUAUGAUGGCAAACAUACCGACCAUUGCUGUUCUCUUCUCACUUUCCUGGGUGGUGGGAAUGGUGAUCUUCGCCAACUACGCCGAUUGCGAUCCUUUCAAAUUAGGUUAUAUCUCUAAGUUUGAUGAGAUCGUGCCGUUCUUCGUACAAGACAAAUUUCUUAACAUGCCAGGUCUAUUAGGUUUGGUAAUGGCGACUCUCUUCAACAGCGCUCUAACAAUAGCUGUCUCAAACCUGAAUUCUCUGGCAACGGUAACGUUCGAGGAUUUUCUAAGUCAAAUUCCAGCACUCAGCAAUCUCAAAGAUACGAUGCAGCUACGAAUGAUCAAGAUAAUGUCCGUUUUCUACGGAGUAUUAAUAAUCGGUAUCAGUUUCGUCGUAGCUAUGCUAUCCGGAGUAAUAGAAUCGUCGAUGCUGAUGACAUCGGCUACUUCCGGUCCUCUCUUAGGCGUCUUCAUUCUAGCAAUGCUCGUACCGUGUGCCAAUUGGAAAGGUGCAGCUGCGGGAAUGAUCUUCAGUCAUUGUACGACACUUUGGUUGACCUUUGGACAUCUCACUGUGGAAACGAAAGAUGACAUAUUAUCCUUGUCAACGGAAGGCUGCCAGAACGAUACGUUCUCAUCUUGGAUAACGAAGCCAAGCAAUAUGUUAAACUCGAUAUCAAACCGAUCGACCAUUCUUAAUAACCAAAAUGUCGGAUCAAUGAAUCUGUUAAGCAAUGAAACGUCCGAGAAUCCACUGACCUUUAUUUAUGAGAUUACCUACAUGUAUUAUGCUCUGAUCGGCAGUGUAUCGACAGUUCUAGUCGGAAUAAUAGUCAGUCUAUUCACGGCUGAUCCCAAAGAAGACGCUUACGAGCUACACUUGCUCCAUCCUAUAGCAUACAAAUUGUCCAAGUUUUUCCCGGGUAAGGAAAGACUCUAUGCGAGCAGUACACGUCUCGACAAUCGAAACAACACAAUGAAUGCUACUUCUUCCUGCUCUAUUACAUCGAUUUCAACUGGAAACGAGAAGACAACUACAGUUCAAGGAAUGGUAGAUAAUAACGAAAAGCUUCGUUUUGAUAAUGGUUAUAUCCAAAAACUAAGCGCUCUGAAAGGUGUAAGCUCGUUGGAGGUUACGAAUGAAAUUUUCAAAGGAACGAGACUAUGAGAAUGCUCGUUAACUACUAGUCCAAAAUUCAUUUCGUCGAUCACGCUCGGUGUCCUGAUAUUGUGGACGUGCAAGCUUACUGCCAGACUGUGAAAUCAAGUUGAGUAUUGAACGAUAUAUAACUCCGAUUGAAAUUUUCAAACUCGGAUACUUAGAUUCGACGUGCCAUAAUAGAAUAGCUACAUUAGACACGCCGUUCUCAAGUUCCAAAAAUGAUCGAUCAUCGGAACGUAUGCAAUGAAAGACGGAUUAUUUAACAAAUAUCGAAUUUUAAUAUAAUACCUCCCUGUACGAUACCAAACAAACCCGAGUCUCGAUCGAAUGCACGAAAGGCGUUCUAGCUUCGGCAUAAGACUGACGAUCCGGUCAUUAGCCGGUGAUAUUCACUUUUCUGCCAUUUUUUCUUCUUAUUCUUCUUUAUCAGGAUAUAUAAGAGAUCCAAACUUCGGUAGGAUUUGCGAUUACUUUCGAUUACUUGCGAUUAUUUUCGGGAUGAAAAAUAUUCAUCGACUCGAACGAAUAUUUAGCGUCUAGAUACUUUUUUGCUAUCGUAGAUAUUUCAUCAUUUAAUGUUAUUUAAAAUGGGAGAAAAAAAAGUAUUGCGAGCUCGAGCUUGAGUUCGAUUAAGUUUUCCAUAAUAACGAAUCACAAACGAUGAAAGCGUAGGCAUAUUUGAUACACAAAUUUUAGUUUGCGUUUUUUAAUUUGAUUUUAUUUCUCCUUUCUUUGUUUUGUAAAUAUCGUAGCUUGCGCCAUGAUCGAACGAUGAAUGAGAUAAAUCCUAUAAUGCCAUAUGAUUUGUACGACGUCAAUGAGCAUAUUUAUGUUUAACACUAUAUUUUAUAAUAGAACGAAUAUACAUAUAUAAAUAUAUAGCGCAGAAAAUUUGUUAAAGUUGGAUGAGAGAGUGGAUUUUUGUUGAAUUCGUAUAAAUGUAGAUUUUGUACCAAAUUAGCGUUUAUUAUUCUUAAAUAUAAUCUUCACAAUUGAA